GGUAUAGCAUUGCUAAGGCAGAUGUAUUAAUGCAUCCUGAAACAUAUUGUUAAAUUAGCUUUUAGCAGUUUUCAAUCCUUUCCCUUGGUUUCUCUUUCCUCCUCUCAAAAACCAAUCUCCUACAGCUAUUGAUCAGCUAAUAGGUGGGUUGUCUGGAAGUCUGUGAUGGGUGACACCAGCCUACGAAGGAUUUUUCAGUGUAAGGAGGAAUUGCUAUACACAUGAGAAGUAAUUGAAUUAAGUAUACAUAACUGUUUAUUUUUAAAUGUACACAAUCAAAAAUGAAAUUUAAGUUUUGUUUUGGUCUUACCUUCCUUGCCCUGUCAAUAAUUGUUUUUUUGAGCUUAGGACUGGUAAGAUGCCAUUACAAAGCUAAGGAAAACCUUCAGCCAAGAAAAAAAAAGUCAGACCUCUGUUGUGCAUCUAGAGUAGCUGAUUUCCUGCUGAUGAUAAUGGAUAGUGGGUAGAAUAAGUGGUGAAUUGUACAGCUUUUCGAAAACACUUCAAAUAAAACCAGAUUUGCGUAGAUCGUGCAUUGGAACAGAUGGAUAAUGGAGACUGGGGAUAUAUAAUGACUGAGCCAGUCACUCUAAAUGUGGGCGGACACUUGUAUACAACAUCGCUUACAACUCUCACAAGGUAUCCCGAUUCGAUGUUGGGGGCCAUGUUCAGGGGGGACUUCCCCACUGCCAGAGAUUCUCAAGGCAAUUACUUCAUUGACCGAGAUGGGCCACUUUUCCGGUACGUUCUCAACUUUUUACGAACCUCAGAGCUAACUUUACCUUUGGAUUUUAAGGAAUUUGAUCUGCUUCGGAAAGAAGCCGAUUUUUACCAGAUUGAACCCUUAAUACAAUGUCUUAAUGACCCUAAACCUCUAUAUUCUGUGGAUACCUUUGAAGAGGUAGUGGAGCUCUCCAGUACACGCAAACUUUCAAAGUACUCCAACCCAGUGGCGGUGAUCAUAACCCAGCUGACCAUCACAACCAAGGUCCACUCGUUGCUGGAAGGCAUUUCCAACUAUUUUACCAAGUGGAAUAAGCAUAUGAUGGACACAAGGGACUGCCAGGUUUCUUUCACAUUUGGGCCCUGUGAUUACCACCAAGAAGUGUCUCUUAGAGUCCACCUGAUGGAGUAUAUUACAAAGCAAGGCUUCACCAUCCGAAACACGAGGGUCCACCACAUGAGCGAACGAGCCAAUGAAAACACAGUCGAGCACAACUGGACUUUCUGCAGGCUCGCACGGAAAACAGAUGAUUGAUUUCCUGUUCAUUCUCUGUUAUUUUAUUCUCAAGAAGAUGGCCCAGCUUCUCAGAACAAUGUAUUGGGAAUGGGUCUGGCUUUGUCUAAAGCAUCAUUGGAGGCUCUCUAUUCUUAUUUUGCUGUGGGUAUUUAUUAUUGAUUUUUAAAGACUGGAGAAUGGACACGUGCUGGACUCUUCUGUCUUUUGUCUCACGAGAAACAUAGGCAUGUGGCUGCUCAAAUAUUACGACUUUUUAAAAACAGGAUAAAGCAAGAGGGCAUCCUUAGAAAAAUGGCAAAUGACCGCAUUAUGACACUUUUUGUUGCGGUCAUUGACCACAAUAUAGUAUGAUAAAAAUCAGCCUCUGGGUUCAAACUGUGUUUAAUCCAUCUCCUGUUACCACAAACCACUGGGAAUAAGAGGCAAUUUCUCAUGCCUUUCUGUGCAGAUCGCAUGGAGAUGAUUGCAAGAGGAGGUAAAGCUGGAGAAAUUCCUCUGGGUUGUCCCCAGAAAUGGUUACGGUGCUUUUGGAGAUGAAAUGCUACCAUCAUGUAAUCUAACCUAGUUUUUCCUAAAUCAGCGAGCAAGCAGUAUUAUAACAAUUUAGUUACCAACAAACCUCCAAGGCCAUCCCCUGCACCUUGUUUUAUUUUCCAAAAUACAGCAUUUUGCAGUUAUGGCAACUGUUUCUUUCUAUGCAUUAUAAAUCAAGCAACCAAAUAUUAUAUCUGCAGCUAUGACAGUACAAUUAGAAGUAUUUAUAUUGGAUUCUGAAUGCAAAACCAUCCCUGUGGUAGAAAUCCUUAUUUUUUAAUGCCAGGUGCAAUAUUAUUCCCAAAUGUAAUGCUUUCCAACAAAAAAGCUAAUAAAAGGCAGUGUGGAAAUUA